UCCAACCUGACAAGACUCUCUGAAUUCAUUCUCUUGGGACUCUCCUCCAGGUCCGAGGACCAGAAACCUCUCUUUGUCCUCUUUUUUUAUUAUAUACCUGAUCACCCUGAUGGGAAACGUAGUCAUCAUCUUGGCUAUCCACUCUGAUCCUCAACUCCAAACUCCUAUGUAUUUCUUCCUAAGCGUUUUGUCUUUUGCUGAUAUUUGCUACACUACCGUCAUUGUCCCCAGGAUGUUGGUGAACUUAUUAUCGGAGAAAAAGACCAUCUCCUAUGGGGAAUGCCUGGCACAGAUGUAUUUCUUCUUGGUCUUUGGCAACAUCGAUAGUUAUCUUCUGGCAGCUAUGGCCAUUGACCGUUAUGUCGCCAUUUGUAACCCCCUCCAUUAUGCCACUGUGAUGAACGACAGGUGUUGUGCCCUGUUGCUAGCCUUCUCUGUGACCUUUUCCUACCUGCACUCCCUCCUGCACGUCCUCCUCAUGAAUCAGCUCACCUUUUGUGCCUCAAAUGUUAUCCAGCACUUUUUUUGUGAUGUGAACCCUGUUCUCAAACUCUCCUGCUCUCCCACCUUUGUCAAUGAGGUUGUGGCCAUGACAGAAGGGCUGGCCUCCGUGGUGGCCCCGUUCACUUGCAUUGUUGUCUCUUACCUGAGAAUCUUCAUUGCUGUUCUCAGGAUUCCCUCAGCUUCUGGAAAACGCAAAGCCUUCUCUACCUGCAGCUCCCAUCUCACCAUAGUAACUUUGUUUUAUGGGAGUAUUAGCUAUGUCUAUUUUCAGCCCUUGUCCAGCUAUACUGUCAAAGACCGAAUCGCAACAAUCAACUACACUGUAUUGACAUCGAUGUUGAAUCCAUUUAUCUACAGUUUAAGAAACAAAGACAUGAAACGGGGCUUAGAGAAAGUGAUAAACAAGAUUAAAUAUCAAAUUGACAGGUGUUCUUCUACAAAGGCUAAUAAAAUCCAUGGACCCUGA